AACAACCUCACCUGGCACGUGCGUUGCCUGGAAUGCUCAGUGUGCCGGACCUCGCUUCGCCCAGCAAAACAGCUGCUACGUCAAGAACAAAGAAAUCUUCUGCAAAAUGGACUAUUUCAGUCGGUUUGGUACAAAAUUGCGCCCGCUGCGGGGGCAGAUCUAUGCCAGCGACUGGGUCAGUAGAGCCCGAGGCAACGCCUACCACCUGGCCUGCUUUGCUUGCUUCUCCUGCAAACGGCAGCCAACUGGAGAGGAGUUUGGCCUGGUGGAGGAGAAAGUCCUGUGCCGGAUUCACUACGACACCAUGAUCGAGAACCUCAAGCGCGCGGCAGAGAACGGUAACGGCAUCACACUGGAAGGGGCAGUCCCAUCUGAGCAAGACAGCCAGCCAAAGCCAGCCAAGAGAGCGCGGACAUCCUUCACGGCAGAGCAGCUACAGGUCAUGCAAGCACAAUUCGCUCAGGACAACAACCCAGACGCACAGACCCUUCAAAAGCUGGCAGACAUGACAGGGCUGAGCAGGAGAGUGAUACAGGUUUGGUUUCAGAACUGCAGAGCGCGCCAUAAAAAGCACACGCCCCAACACACGGUGCCCCCAUCUGGAGGCUCCCAGUCCCGCAUCCCUUCGGUGUUGCCUGACGACAUCCACUAUUCCCCCUUCAGCAGUCCUGAGCGGGCCAGGAUGGUGACGCUCCACAGCUACAUAGAAAGUCAGGUCCAGUGUGGACAGAUGCAUUGCCGCCUCCCUUAUGCUGCCCCUCCUGUGCAUCUCAAAGCUGACAUGGAAGGACCCCUAUCGAGUAGGGGGGAGAAGGUCAUCCUCUUCCAGUACUGACUGUUCCUGCUCUUCCUGACCUUCCAGGGAUGCUUGCGGUGGUGGCACUGCCUCUGAAUCAUACGCACCAGCCAAUCCACUGCAACUGCAGACCCUCAUGCUGCGGUAACCCACCCGUGGUGGCACUCCUGAUCCCCUUCCACGAAUCCGGCACCUGAAUCUCUACAACUCUGCAGCACAUUCCAACUGAGCCCCUGACUUCUCUUGUGGAACUGUUUGGCUCUCCAAGACUCCAAGGCAGCGCACCCAUCCUGGCAGAGGCAACCAAGGACUUCAGUUCAGCAGAGUUUUAACAGCAUGCACUAUGGACUUGUAUCUUUCAAAUGCUAUACAACCACCUGGUCUUUGACCUUCCCUGUAGGGAACAUGCCCACCUACUCCUUUGACAGGCAGGGGGUCUGCAGCUCUGAACACAAACAUGGGCCAUCUGUGCCAGGAGAGUUCCAUCCAAGCGCCACACACACUUCCAACCCAGUCACCACCCAACAUCAGGGUGCGUGUGCGUGCUUGUGGAAUCAAAACCUUCCUAAUUCCUAGGAGCCACAAUCGUUGUCACGGUCUAGGUCCCAGCACAGAACUGAGAAAAAUAUUUGACUAUUCCUUGGUGUCAGCACCAAACUUGUUAACAGCUGGCAAUGACCAGGUGCCUGGGAUUCUCAGUGUUGCAAAAACUAUUGAUUUGUUUACCACUUGGGGGGCCUUGGCCAAAGUGCACUACAGAAAUAAACGGAUAAUUAUGAUGAUGAUGAAACCUGGAAUUUCAACUUGACAUCCCUUCCCCUGUACAAAGCACAGUACUGUCUACUCUGACUGGCAGCAGCUCUCCAAGGUAUCAAGCUCUGCUUCACCAUAAAUAGAUGGCUGCUGGAUGAUACUUUGGUGCCAGUGCAAACUAGCCCUCUGUCAAAAAAAUCCAUUGCCCUCCUGUA